AUGGAAGCAGGCGGCGACCCUAGACUCCCAGAGGAACAACGAGAAGCCGAUGCUAGGCGCGACAAGGUAUCCAUCAUCCUCAAUACAAUGGAGUGCGGUCUAGCAUUGAAUCCCCGCCAUCGCGUUGGGAUGUCGAAGGAAGAAUGCUAUUACUCGCUACUGCUUCUUGCGUUAGCUGCCGGAGACCCAGGAGCACUUUGCUCCGUCGGCAAGCCAAUGCGUAUUCCAGUACAGGAAACUGCACGACGCAAGUCAUAUGAGAUCUCUUGCUGGCAGUUCGAGCCUACCAACGUCGAUGCCGGCCUCAACAACUACAAAACGCUUGACCGGCUCCCAGUCGACUCAAA